UAUAAAUUUUAUAUUUUCUAGUCUGUUAAGGGAUUCGAUAAUUUCGAGACUUCGAUGUCGAUUGUAUAGUUUCCCGCAUAAGCUAUCGAUUUUGCGACCCUGCAAUUGCUUUUAAUACAAGCGGUAACGGUUGCUUGGAAGUUUUUUGAUUUUAUUUAACUUUUUUAAUAAACUUAAUAUUUCCUAAAAUGAAGUUUGUAGCAGCUCUGAAAUGUGGCGCAACACCAGAGGUGGAAGCAGCGCGUUGUAUGAAGCAGCUAUUGUAUAAUUCCCAGAAACAAGGUAAACUUUGCAUUGAAUUGGCCACAGAAUUGGUUAAUGAACUAUACAAAGCCAUUGGUUUACAUACCAAAAUAACAACGGAACAGUUGGAAACCGGUACGGGUUUUGAUUGGGAGUCGGCUGGAUGUAGUCAUUACAUAUUUCAUUGCAACUCUAUAUUUUUUUGCGUUUUCGAGCGUUUCCUAAGACAACUAUGCUACACAGUCCUUGAAGAGCACGAAAAUAUGGUUGACAUUGAAUCAGGAGCCACUCCGGUUGAAAGUUUUAUACAAUUGUUAACUAUUUGGUAUAAUUGCUAUAUGGAUUUGCUAAAACAGAAUAGCAAUAUUCAAGUACAGUAUCUGGAGGAACCAUUAGCGCGCAUAAAUUUUAUCCUUUAUUUAGGUGUUCAUAAAAUAAGGGACAAAUAUGUGUGUGAUUAUCAGAUAUUGGAUGAAAUUUGUACGCUUUUACUGAAUAGUACGCUGCAGGGUUUAUUCUUUUUGGAAUCACACUCAUACAUUGCUGAAGUAUUAGGCAACUUUAUGGAAGAUAACUUCGGAACGUCAAAAGCUUUUGAUGAAGAUGCAUUAAAAUUCUUUUACAAAGCCUUUCAAGUGGAGAAACAAAAAGCCACACAAUGCAAUACUCUUAAAUGUCUCACACGCAUAAUGAACAAAAUUUCAACCGAAGAAGAAACAAGUAGUUACAGAAACUUUUUUAGUUUCCUCAUUGAAAUGCCUAUGCUGCGUAUUUACUUUACAUUACUUAAAAUGGAGAAAACAAAACGGUUAAAAUUGGCCAUUUUAAACUUUUUGAACAACCUGCAGGAGAAACUACUGGACUUGGAUUGUUUUUCACUGGUUUUUCUCGAGGCAAUAUUAGCGCUCACGUUGCAUACGGAUGAGAAUAUUUCAUUUUUGGCUGCCGAGCUUUAUGUUAUAAUGGCGCGUCGUAAGGCUAGCGGGGAUGACAUGUUACUUAAACAUAUAUUGGAGUUUUAUUUAAAAGAAAUUAAAUCCGUCGACUUGCUGCCACGUUACGUGAAUGCUCUCUGGUCUAAUUUCACAUAUAUGCAAUCGAUGCAUAUAUAUUUUGAUUUAACGAAGGCUACGGAUGUGCCACUUGUCAUGCGAUAUUUUAUAGCACAAUUCACUAUUGUGGUUUAUCGAAAAAUGCUGAAAGCGCCCGAAAAAUUCGCUAGACAAAUUAAAUAUGUUUUUCAAACUUCACCCACACUCUUUCGGGAGUUGGAGAGUCAAUGCGUGAAAGGCAUACUUCUGCAGUUGUAUAGCUCUACUGAGCUGGAAUUACUGCGUGACAGCGCUGGAACAAUGAAUGAGUUUCUUUUCGAGUUUGAAGACUACUUUAUAUCCGUGAUUACAAAAGAUACGACUCUCAUAUAUCCUUAUUUACUCAAUUUGUUCAUACAAUUUACAUGCUGUAUCGAAGAAACAAAGAAUUUCGACAAACUGGAAAUAUGCGCUAUACAGAUUUACCAGAAAUAUGAAGAUUUAGAGCGUACGCUAAAACGGCUUGAUGAUGAAAGCAAGAUGCCAAGUGUAAAAAACAUGAAUGCUUAUAAUAGUAUUUUGCAAAAACUCAACGUUUUGUUGCAAGUAGAUUAUGUUGUCUUUGAUACCUUGGAGCAGUUAAUUAAAACGUUGCAUGUGCGCUUAAUAGAAAAAUCACAGAUAUGUGAGCUGGCACAAAAACAUGAAAUUUUCAUUGAUGUUCACGCCACCGAAUUGCUGGUCAAUAGCUGCAUUAAAUUAUCUUAUAAUGAAGAUUUAACAAAAACUGCACAAACAUGGCUUGCGCAAGAAAUUCGUAUAUUGGAAGGAUAUUUACUUAGACGUCUGACCAACGCCGAGGCAAAAACCGAUGCACAGAUGUUGCGUUUGAAAACGUAUUUCAUCUGCCUGGCCAACCUCUAUUACAUAUUUGACAAUGCCAGCGGCAUGUAUAAGUUAUCACUUAAUUUGCGCUCUUAUCACAUAAUGGUAGAAGCUCUUUUGCUCGGUUGUUUGCGUCUUAAGGCAACAUCUAUCACUAAGUCCGCGAUUGUAAGCGAGGAAAAUAUGUUAUUGCAUACGAAAUAUAUUUUACAAUAUCAAAAGUCCAUGUUCUCAAAAUUUACACAACUACACUCUUCUGCGGAUAUUGUGAUUCCUUCAGCUGUGGCUUGGAAAGUUUGCUUGCAUUAUGGUUUAUCCUCCCAUAAAUUUAAUGGCGAAAUUCUCAGUUUCAUGGAGGCUUUGACCAAACAUCAUUUCAAAGGGUUUACACAUAUUUCUGCAGUUCUGGUCUAUAAUCUGUACAAACAAAGGACGGAAACUAAAGUCGAUGAUAUAAAGCGCGUUAUUCACGCACAGAAGUUUUUCAUCGAUCAGCUGCCGCCCGCUCUAUCGCCCACCCUACUCUGUGUUAAUGUUGUACUCAAAGUUUUGCAACUUCUUCAACAAUCUCUAAAAGUACUGUCACCCACCACAGGCGGCAAUCGUUUGGCAGCUUUAAAGCACCUAAAUCACUACAUAAAUAAUUUGAAUGUUAACAGUGAUAAUGUUCUGCCCGAUAUUCGUGAGCAGGCAUAUGCAUUGCAGAAUCACAUGCUAAAUAAUGCCGAGCAAACGUAUUUAAAAUCGUAUUUGAGCGAGUUGGACGAGUACGACAAAAACAAAGAGGAGGCUUAAAAAAGCGUACGAAGAAGUAUUUGUUUUAACCAUUUUUUGGCAAACUAAAAAGCCGUCAAAGAGUUCUUUUUGAAAUAUUUGCUU